AUGGCGACCCUGGCGGAGAAGCUUGAGAAGAUCAAGUCUCCCAAGCUGCAGAACCAGCACCAUACUGCUGUGGUACUGUCUGCAGUUGAGGAUACUCUUCGUGACCAGAAGGCGGAUUUCUCGCCUACCGCAUAUUUCGCCGCUCUCAUUGCACUGCUAUCGCAGUCAUUGACCGCCUCGCAAGGCAUCGUCAACAAAGACCUUGCGACCUCCGUCGUCUACCUUCUCGAUGUCAUAACCAUCUAUGUUCCCGCUCCAAUUCUUUGCUCCAAAUUCUCUCAGAUUCUCGAAAGCCUUGCCCCAGCACUUUCUUUGCCCGAGGUCGAAGCCCCACUCUUGCGUCCGUCGAUCGGUUGCCUCGAAUCUCUGCUUAUCGCCCAGGACGCGGCGGCAUGGCAGCUCCCUCACACACAGGUCGGCCCGCGCCGCGCAAUGGCAGGUUUGCUGAGUCUCUCUGUUGACCACCGACCUAAGGUGCGCAAGCGCGCCCAGGAGGCCCUUGUUAAAGUUCUCAAGGCGCCCCCACCCAGCCCGUCUCUGGACCACCCUGGUGCGGAUAUGUGCGCCCAGUCCGCAAUGAAGUCUCUGGGUGACAGUAUUUCAGCCGUGUCAAAGCAGAAGAAGGGACGCCCCGAUGCGCAACGCGACAACCAGGAGCCGCUCAUCAUUCACUCGUUGCAGCUCAUUAAGACUAUUGCCUCGGCAUCUGGUGGCUGGCCUAGCAAGAAGAUCGAGCCUCUUUGCGAGCUCUUGAUGAAUGCAUCCCGCUCUACCAACGAAUAUAUCACCAUGGGUGCUUUCGAGGUGUUCGAGGUCAUCUUCGAGGGAAUGGCUGAUGAGAUCUCUUCUUCCAAGCUACCCCGUCUUUUGGAUGCUAUUUCCGAGCUCAAGCCUGCCCAGAACGACUCGCAACUUCUUCCACCUUGGAUCGCUGUGCUCUCUCGCGGAUACGAUGUGGCUGCACAGAUCACCCCUGAGGAUACCUUUGAGAAGUUGCCCGGUCUUUUCAGCUUGGUCGCUGGCUUCUUGACUUCACCCUCAAACAACAUUCGGGUUUCUGCUUCCGAGUGCCUGAUCUCCUUCCUUCACAACUGCAUUCCCGACAGCGUCAUUGUGGACCCCUCUGUCUACGAUGAGAAGACCCUCGAGAAGUUGGCUCGCGGAGCUGUCGACUUGCUUUCCGUGAAGUACCAGGCUGCUUGGAUGGAGGUUUUCAAUGUCUGCUCCGCCAUGUUUGACUGCUAUAAGUGGCGCUCAAGCCCCUACCUUAACAAGAUUGUUUCUACAAUCGGCGAAUUGCGCAGCAAUGGGUCCUUCCACGGAAAGAAGGAGGCUGAUGCUGUUAUUGGCAGUGCGCUUCAGGCAAUGGGUCCCGAGGCUGUCUUGGAAAUCUUGCCUCUUAACAUUAUUGAACAGAAGGCCGGUCAGCCUGGCCGUGUCUGGAUGUUGCCCAUUAUGCGUGACAAUGUGACCAACACCAAUCUGCGUCACUUCCGCUCCGAGCUUGUUCCUUUGAGCGAGGCCCUUUACCAAAAGGUGGUGACUUUCGGAGCUGCCGAAAAGUCUGUCGAGGUGAAGAUCUUCGAAACCCUUGUUCAACAGACCUGGAAUGUCCUUCCCGGCUACUGCGAGCUGCCCCUUGACCUUGAGGAGGCAUUUGACCAAACUUUCGCCGAGCUGCUGUCAAACGUUUUGUACAAGCAGACUGAGCUGCGUGUCGAUGUUUGCCGUGCUCUGCAGAACCUUGUUGAGUCAAAUCAGGCCAUCUUGACCGUCGAAAAGGAGGAAGAUGACCUUAUUUUGCAGCGUCGCAUCACUAAGGCCGCUGCUAAAAAGAACCUUGCUCACCUCGGCGGCUUUGCAAGCAAUUUGCUGGCUGUUCUCUUCAACGUCUACAGCCAAACCCUUCCUCACUACCGUGGAUUCAUCCUGCAGUGUAUUAAUGUCUACCUCAGCAUUACCCCCGAGAACGAGCUGAAUGACACCUUCAACCGUGUUACCUCAAUGCUUGAGUCUUCUCUGGUUGCUGAGCAAGAGACAGCGGCCAAGCAGAGCGCCCAGCCCAAGGGUGACAAGAUGCCGCCCACCUCUCACACUCUGAUUGACCUGGUUAUUGCCAUGUCAAUUUAUCUCCCCCGCUCCAGCUUCAGUGGCCUGUUUGCCCUGGCCGCCGCAAUCCUCAACAGCUCCUCCCCCAACCCUGACCAGCAGCUUAUCAAGAAGGCCUACAAGCUGAUUCCCCGUCUCGCAUCGACCGAGACUGGCCGUGAGGCCCUCCAGGAGCGUAGCAGCGAACUCCAGGCUUUGAUGCUCGCCACCACAGAUAGCACCCCCGCUUCCGGCCGCCGUGACCGUAUGCUUGCUAUCCACGAGAUCAUUGCUCACCUGCCCACCUCAGACCUCCACUUCAUUCCUGCAAUCCUGUCAGAGGUUGUCUUGGGCUGCAAGGAAAGCAACGAGAAGGCUCGCACUGCUGCCUUUGACCUGCUGAUUCUCUUGGCCAAGCGUACAAUCGACUCCGAGCGCAACCCUCCCGGCACCGUCAUCCGCAGAUCUCUUGUGCCUGGUGUGCCUGAAGACUCCCCCGAUGCCCCCGCUACCAUUGAGGAGUUCUUCACCAUGGUCUCAGCCGGUCUGGCUGGUUCCGCACCCCACAUGGUGGGUGCCUCCGUCACCGCUCUCUCGCGACUGUUUUUCGAUUUCCAGGCUCAACUCCAACCUGAAAUGCUCACUGAGCUUGUCGAGACCGUUGGACUCUUCCUUACCUCCAGCAACCGUGAGAUUGUUCGCUCUGUCCUUGGCUUUGUCAAGGUUGCCGUUGUCGUUCUUCCAGAUGAGGCUCUGCGUCCCCGCCUGAGCACCCUGGUCCCCAACCUCAUGGCUUGGAACAAGGAACACAAGGGACGUCUUCGCAGUAAGGUCAAGGGUAUCAUUGACCGACUUGUCCGCCGCUUCGGUGCCCCUCUACUGGAAACCCUUGUUGGCGAGGAUGACCGCAAGCUCGUUGUCAACAUUCGCAAGCAGCGUGAGCGCAGCAAGCGCAAGAAGAAGGAGGGUGCUGAGGGUGAGGGUGAUGAGGAUGAGGAGAAGGCUUCCAAGCCUCAAGCCGGUAACGCCUUCGACAAGGCUGUCUAUGGCUCUGACUCCGACUCCUCCGAUGAGGGCUCCGACGACGAUGGAAGUGAUGUUGACGUCGACGACCUCGCCCGCAUCAAGGGCAAGGCUGGAAAGAAGAAGGCUGGACAAAGCAACCAGUACAUCCGUGAGAUGUCUCCCGAAGACAACCCUCUCGAUUUGCUCGGUUCCAACGCUCUUGCCAGUAUCUCCACCACCAAGCCCAGCCAACGCUUCCUCAACACCGGUCCCGGCUCUAAGAAGAAGCGCGCCGCCAAGGUUGAUGCUGACGGACGUCUUGUCCUCGGUGACGAUGGUGACGUCGUUGCUGACGACGUUGAGAUGUCCGGUGCUGCCGAGACUGGUGGCGUCAACGCCUACCUUGCUGCCGUGAGUGGACCUGACGCCGUCCGCCGUGGCCAGAAGGGUAAGGUGAGAAUGGGCCAGUCGACCAAGAAGAACUCUGGUGACCGCAUGGAUCUCGAUGACGAGGAUACUCUGAAGGAAGACAUGCGCGCUUCGGGCUCAGGCAAGGGUCCCGGUCGUCGUGGUCUCGGUGCCCCCAAGACCGCUGGCGCCCCUGGUGGCGGUCGCAUUGAGAAGCGUCGCAGCCCUGGCAAGGCCCCGAGAGGCAACAACCGCUCGGGAUGGGGAAAGAAGAGAUAA